UGGGAACACCUGAAUAAAGUGUUUUGCUUUCCUAUCUUUCUGUUGGAUGUAAAUUAUUUUGUAUCCCAACAGAUUUCGUCAAUUUUUUGUUUCACAAUUUAUUAUUACCAGUUCACUUGCGCAUAUGCUAUGGCAUGGGAAACGAUGACAUUUCUUAUUAUUAUUUAUUAUUGCUAUAGAUUUAUUAUUUCUGGUCGGUAAUUGUUGUUGAAUUGCAAUUUCUUUCCCCGUCAUUCGAUGUAAUUGAGCAAGAUGUUAUCUUCUCUCAUCACUCGAUCAAAUGGAAGUAAAGUAUUAUUGUCAAUUUCUGAGUUCCUAUCCGAAGGUUUCAUUGCUUCGCUAACAUCCACAGUAGAGAGUUGACCGUAGUAUGAGAUUCAUUCGGGGCAGAAUACAACAGUCGAACCGUUCGAAGAUGGUAUCAACGAAUCGAAAAAGUUUUGUAAAACACCCAAGUUACGUUCAGCAAUACCGCUUCUUCGCCCACACAUUACUGAUAUUCGGAAUGAUCAACGUCGAUCUUCCACAAGUUCAAUCUGCCCGACCAUUUAAUGGGUCGAUGGAAAUGGAUAACUCUCGAUAUUUGUCAACACCGCAGGAAUGCGCACGUCAAUGCACAGAAGGGGAAUCCCCAAAAACCUGCUACUAUUAUUUUACGGUAGAAAUAUACAACAUUCUUGGCACAGCCUGCGAACUCUGUACACCUGGCCCAAACAACUCACUGACGAAUGAGUGUCAAUGCGUGACUUCCGAUGGCGUGGCGACGACCGUUCUAACCGUGAACAGAAUGGUACCUGGACCCAGUAUCCAGGUGUGCUUGGGUGACAAGGUCAUCGUUGAUGUCCUGAACAAGAUGGAAGGCAUGGAACUCACGAUUCACUGGCACGGGGUUCAUAUGGAAAAAUCGCCGUACUACGACGGUGUACCUUUCGUAACUCAAUGCCCGAUUUUUCAAGGAAAUACCUUCAGGUAUCAAUGGAUUGCCGGAAACGCCGGUACACACUUUUGGCAUUCCCAUACCGGUCUUCAAGAUAUGGAUGGCGUUUACGGGAAUCUAAUUAUUCGGCAGCCACCCACCCAAGACCCUAACAGCCACCUUUACGACUACGAUUUAUCGGAGCACAUUGUGCUUAUUAAUGAUAUAUUUCACGAAAUGCCUACUAACCGAUUCCCAGGGCUGGUGAACAGAAGAGGACUCGACGCGCCAGUGUCAGCUUUAAUUAAUGGAAAAGGACAGUACACGAAUUCAACUACUGGUAACACAACCAAAACGCCGUUGGAAUUCUUUCACGUUUCGGCGGGGAAAAAAUACAGAUUCAGAUUGAUCACUGCUUUCACGAUGCCAUGUCCUGCUCAACUCACAGUCGAAGGACACAAGCUGACCGUGAUAGCCACGGAUGGCCAAUCGGUCGAACCUAGGGUCGUCGAUAGUAUUGUUUCUUUGGCAGGUGAGCGAUACGAUUUUAUCAUUUUCGCCAACCAAACACCUCGUGCCUACUGGAUUCAAUUGCGUGCCAUCGGCGGAUGCAACAGCUCUGAAAUCCAGCAAGUAGCAAUUCUCAGCUACCAUAUAAAUGGAAACUACAGCACACCUCGUUCCAAGCCGCCGACAUACAAUCCGGGACUUCCAACGGGACUGGCCCUAAAUCAACUGGGUUCCAACUGCAAUAAGACGCAAACAAACAUGCUGUGCGUUGGGGAUCUUCGGAAAGCAGGAUUCGUCGACGAAAGUAUCCUGAAGCCAAACCCCGAUGUCAAAGUCUGGUUGCCGGUUCGUUUUAUAGCAUACAUUACGGAGCAACUCUUUCAGCCCCACACCUAUAAGUCGUUUUUGCUUCCACCGCCCUACGUUGAAAGCACAUCGUUAGUCAACAACAGGUCAUUCUCUUAUCCGACGUCACCACUUUUGUCCCAAAGGAAGGAUAUACCAGCGUCACAAAUUUGUGACCAUGAAACAACUCCAGCUAAUUGUGGUUCGCCCUGCUUUUGCACAUACUUGAUUAAUUGUCCACUGGAUUCCGUGGUUGAAGUGAUCAUCUUUGAUGAAGGUGCGGUGACCGAUCUGUCUCAUCCGUUUCAUAUACAUGGGUACGCCUUCAGCGUGAUUGGCCAAGGUGAAUCGCCGGAACCUAAUGCAACCUACCUCACCUUAGAUCAGAUUCAAGAAUUGGACAGAAAGGGACUACUUCAUAGGCAGUUCGACAGACCGCCUUCCAAGGACGCCAUCGCUGUGGGACCGGCUACCUACGUCAUCUUAAGAUUCCGUGCUAAUAACCCAGGCUACUGGCUAUUCCACUGUCAUUACACGUUCCACUUAGCGAUCGGCAUGUCUGUUAUCUUCAACGUUGGUGAACCCUCAGAUCUGCCGCCGAUUCCACGAGACUUUCCGGUUUGCGGUAAUCAUCUACCUCCCAUGAAAUUUGCCGGAGACAAUUCGGUCUACUGAUCCUGAAUCAUCGAAACGACAAAUGGUCGUUGACGUCUAGUUGACAUAAAUUGAUCAGCAUUGAGAUGUAAACCUUAGUUGAAUUCUGCGCCUUACGGCUAAACUGCCUGUUGAUGCAGACGUAGAAAAUAUGUCUCAAUGAUCUACAAAAUCUAUAUCUGAAACAUGUUGUUAUAGCAUGGUUUCACUCAUUGUAAUAACGUAGAACAAUAUAACUAUAAAAAUCCCAGCUCGAUCCAGUUAGACCUCAAUUAGGUGACCAUAAAAAUCACUGGGAUACGGAAUAAUUGAAGUUCUUCAGAUUACGCCAUGGAUAUCGUUCGUAUAGUACAACUUCUAAUAACAUAUUCUCUCGUGUACGCAGAGGUCCAUGUGAUAUUUUAAAAUCUUUUACCUCUGUCUCUCAAUUCAUGGUGAAAUUGUGUGUUUUAAAAUCCGUGGUGUGGAAAGCUUUCAUUCAUUUAUUUACAAAUUUUGUACAGUAUCUUGAUGCCUGAACGAAUCG